CUCCUGCUUCCACUCCUGCCGUUGGCCUCCUCUUCCAUGGUGUUCAAGCUGGACGGCAACGUCUACCCUACUGGCCACUUCUACGUGACCAUGAACAUAGGGGAGCCAGCGAAGCCCUACUUCCUGGACAUUGACACCGGCAGCAACCUCACCUGGCUGGAGUGCAACGCCGUAGAGAAGGGUCCCUGCUUAACGUGCAACAAGGUGCCACACCCACUGUACCGACCCACACGGAACAAGUUAGUUCCAUGUGCGGAUCCGCUCUGCGACACGCUGCACCAUGACCUGGGUACAACCAAGAACUGCAGAGAUGCAGUCCACCAAUGUGACUACGAAAUCGCAUACCUAGAUGGAUCAACGUCUCUUGGUGUGCUCCUCCGUGACAAGUUCUCCUUACCUACGGGCAGUGCCCCCAAGAACAGCCCCACCAUCGCCUUUGGCUGUGGCUAUGAUCAGGUACAUGACCCCAAGAAUGCCGCAAAAGUGGCGGUGGACGGCAUCCUUGGGCUUGGAAGGGGCUCGGUAGACCUGGUCUCACAGCUCAAGCGCCAAGGAGCCAUCUCCAAGAAUGUGAUCGGUCAUUGCCUCAGCACAAAAGGAGGGGGCUACCUCUUCAUGGGGGAGGAGAACGUGCCAUCCUCGCAAGUAACUUGGGUCCCUAUUGCUCCCAGAACACCCGGACCUAAUCACUAUUCGCCAGGCCAAGCAACCCUGUACUUGGAUACAAAGUCAAUCGGGACAAAGUCGAUGCAGGUGGUCCUCGACAGCGGCAGCACCUACACCUACUUGCCAGGGGAUCUACACACUCAACUCGUUUCCACGCUGAAGGCGUCUCUCAGCAAGUCUCUCAAAGAGGUGCCUGAUCCUGCACUGCCUCUAUGCUGGAAAGGGCCUCGCCCUUUCAAAUCUGUGGACGACCUCAAGAAAGAAUUCAAGCCACUGGUGUCUCUGAAAUUUGGCGGUGGGGUCACCAUGGCGAUCCCUCCUGAAAACUACCUCGUCAUCACUGAGCACGGAAAUGCAUGCUUUGGCAUUCUAGCGAUUCAAGGCUUGGAUAUGUACUUAAUUGGAGACAUCACAAUGCAGGAUCAGCUUAUGAUAUACGACAAUGAGAAAGGGAGGAUCGGUUGGAUGCCGUCACCGUGCGAUAAAAUGCCCAAGUCCAAAGCUGUGAUCAUUUCACGCAUCUGA